AUGAGUUCGAAUAAUAUCGUUUUACCACCAGCUAAUGGUAAAAAAUUAUGGAGAGUUAAAAGAACUCCAAGUUUAACAAAUAACUCAAAUUCAAAUAAUAACUCCACAUCACAUAAUAAUAAUCAUUCACAAACUUCUGUUGAAUGUUUAAAUAAUAGUUUAAAAAUUGUUGCUGCUGCUCAAAAAUUUACUGUUAAAAGACCUCCUUUAAGAAGACCAAAAAAUAAACCUGGUAAACCAAAAGAUUUUGUAUUUGUUGAUUUAUCACCAAUAAAAUCAGAUGAAGAAGUAGAAUUAACAAUUAAUUCUACUACAAAGAACAAUACCACUGAAGGUAAUAAAAUUGAAAAAAUUACUCCAAUUGUUGAACAAUUACCUUCACCUUCAUUAUCUAUUGAAGAUACUUUAUCAUCAAUUGAUGAUUCAAUAUUUGAUUUACCUACUUUAAAUGGAUACGAAACAACAAAUUCAAAUAUACAACCAAUUUUUAGUGGUGAAUCACAAUCAUUACCAAAUUCAAAUGAUUCAAGUCCUACAUUAGAAUUAGGUUUAGGUAUAAUGAAUUUAGGUAUAGAUUGGAAUCAACCUCAACAAACUCCAAUUCAACAACAAUUUAUUGAAAUUCCACAAGCUCCAAAACAACCACCUACACAUUUUGAUCAACAACAACAACAAAUUCAACAACAAAUUCCACAAUCUACUGAUUUUUUUUCACAACAAUUAUUUGGUUAUCAACAAGCAAUGUUACAACAACAUUUACAAAUUCAACAAUUACAACAACAAUUAUUACAACAACAAAUUUCAAUUGAAUCACAAAUUACAAAAAAUAAUACUUUAACUUCAACUCCAAAUUUAAAUCAAUUACAAUCACCAUUUCAAGAACCAUUACCAACAAAUCCUAUAACUACUCCAAUUACAUCAUCAACUAAAUCUAAAAAAACUGCUGGUCAGUUUCAAUUUAAAACUUAUCAACCAAAACCAAAACAUCAAAGAACUAUUAGUGAAGCAUGUAUAAAAAAACCUCAACAUAAUAAAAAAUUACAUGAAAGAUCAAUGAGUUUACCUUAUAAUUCAUCAAAUUUACAAUUACAAUCUCAACAACAAUCACAACAAUUACCUCAACCUCCUCAACAACCUUCUCAACAACAACAAUUUCAACCUCAACAACAUUAUCAAGAAUAUACAUCAUUACCUAUGCAAUCAUCAGAUUCUUCAUGUUCAGAAGUAAGUUUAGAUGAUUUCAUGAUUUUAAAUGAUCAAAUAUCAAUAAAUUUAAAUUCAAAUGAAACUAGUAGUGAAACUCCAAUUAGUGAAAUUUCAGAAAAUGAUUUAAUAAAUUUGAAUAAAUCUUUUAUUAUUGAUGAAUUUUUAAAUCAAAAUAUUUCAUUAUCUUUACAACAACAACAACAAAAUCAACAAAUUCAAAUUCAACAAAAUUCAAUAAGUUGUUUUACUAAAGAUGAUUUUGAAUUAGGUACUUUUGUUCACAUAUAG